CUCUCUUGUUUGUUUGUGUUUAUUUAUUUGUUUAAUGGUCUAAAAUAGUAAUGUUUUUCAUCUUAUAGCUUCCCAAUUUCUUGGAGAAACACUGCUUAGAUAUCAUUAAUUUAUUAGAAAGAACAAAAGUCUGACUUUCUAGUUUGGGUUUCUAUCUUUUAUUUGGAGAAAACAAAGAUUGCAAUUCCCAGAGUUGCAUUUCUUGCUUUGCUACUUGAUAUUUUCUUAGUUAAGUAGUUAAUUUUGUUUAAGCUCCCGCAUGUAAAUUGGUUGGGAUUCUUGUAUAAUUUUUGGUUCAAUUUGGGUUUCUGAUACAGUAUUUAAAUUGGCAUAUUGCUGUUGUGUCUGAUAGAAUAGAUUAACCCUUUUGGCAUUUGAGAGUGCACAAGCUGCGUAGAGAAAUUUGUUUCAUCAUUAAACCUCUGUUUAUUUGGAUUUCUGAUGAAGUUAUUUGGUGUUUUCAUUCUUUAAUAAUGUUUAUUGUGAUGAACUUUUGAAAUGCAUUCUUAUUGAAGGUGAUACGAUUACAAAUAGCAAGAGAGAAGCUUAAUUGAGGGGGGUUGGAGGAGGGGGCCAGGGAGGAGAAGUAGAAGAAACAAGCUUUAGAAGUAAAGAGUUUUUAUGGACUGGAACUUGAAAGCACCUUCUUGGGAUUUGACUGAACUAGAACAAGAAACCUUUUCCAACUUAGGCACAGUUGAUGGGUCUAGUAGCUUUGGAGAUCAUAGGACCAUCAAAGGCAACUUUUCUGUUGAUUUGAAGCUUGGUCAGUUGGGUGAUUCAGGUAACAAUGAGUUGGUGGAUAUGUUGAAGGAGGCUGGGGGUCCGAAAACUACAUCAUCGCCUUCUGGACCAUCAAAGAGGUCAAGAGCAGCUUACAGUGGAUCGCAGACAGUCUCAUGCCUUGUUGAUGGCUGCAAUUCAGACCUUAGUGUUUGUAGAGAUUACCAUAGGCGCCAUAAAGUCUGUGAGCUCCACUCUAAGACUCCUCAGGUCACAAUUAACGGCCAAAAGCAACGAUUCUGCCAGCAGUGCAGCAGGUUCCAUUCGCUGGAGGAAUUUGAUGAAGGAAAGAGAAGCUGCAGGAAGCGUCUUGAUGGACACAAUCGUAGACGAAGGAAGCCCCAACCAGAACCCUUGUCACGUUCAGGAAGUUUUUUGUCCAGUUACCAAGGUACACAAUUGCUACCAUUCUCCAGUUCACUUGUGUACCCCUCCACCACUGUUGUGAACCCAACCUGGGCUGGAGUUGUCAAAGCUGAGGCCGAUACCGGUCUUCAUAACCAGCAUCUCCAACUGCCAUUGAUAGAUAAACAAAACAUGUUUCUUGGGUCCUCAACCAGCACCAGCAGCACCUACAAGGGAGGAAAGCAAUUCUCACUUUUCCAAAGCUCCCCACUCCACAACCAAACAUCUCAUCAUGGAGCAUCUGUCUGCCAGCCCCUUCUGAAUACCAUUUCAUUCUCAGAAACUGGUGGUGGGGCAAAGAGCAAAAUGUUUUGUGACAGGCUAACAACUCAAAUCCAUGAUUCGGAUUGUGCUCUCUCUCUUCUGUCAUCACCACAGACACAGCAGACAUCUGAAAUAGGUUUGAGACACAUGGUGCAGCAGCCUAAUUCAAUAUCUCUGAUGCAACAACGAUUAGGCCCCGGAGGCCUUCAUGGGAACAACAGUAUAGAGCCCAUGGAUUCAGUUCUGGUCUCCAAUGGAAGUGAAGCAAAUGUUCAUUGCCCCGGAAUGUUUCACCUAGGCUCUGAUGGGUCCCUGGGGAACAAUCAACAACAUCAACAUCAACAUCAAGCCCCUCAAACACUUCCCUUCCAUUGGCAGUAGCAAAAUGCAGGUUUCCUAUACUGCUGCAUAAUUCAUUUAGAACCUCUUUGUAUGAUUUUGCAGGGCCUUCUAGCCAUCCUGUAAACUAAAGGAUACUAUUUACAUACUCUCCCAACUAUGAUUAAUUAUAUUUGGCUCCUCAUGAAUCAUGAUGGAUAACCAUUUUGGUCAA